AUGGACAGCAAGUACUGUCGCGUAGGUCGCCUGAUCGACAUAGUAGACGAGGAGUGGCGGGUGGAGCAACUGCCACAUGAGGACAUACAAGAACAAAUUAAUAUUAGGGAACAAUUACCAAAGUAUCUAAACGGUCAAGUAAAACUUCUAACUACAAGGUGUAUUAUUAUUGAAACUGACAAAAUAGCAAAGAAGACCCACGGAGCCCUCACAAUACUGAAACAGUUUGGAAUACAUGAGUGUGGACACAAGGAGCCUAUUGCUGGGUCAAAUUGUAUCAAGUCAAUGAUUGGUAAGAACAAUGAACAGCAUUACAUCCUUGCAACACAGGACAGAGAUUUACAGGAGAAGCUCAGAGGCAAACCAGCCAUUCCCCUCCUUUAUCUACACAAUAAGGCUCCCACUUUAGAAAAGCCGUCAAGGGCUAGCUAUGAUAAAGCAAGCCAAAGUUUGCAGUCUACAAAUAUAUUUAUAAGUGAAACUCAAAAUGAAACUUUGAAAAAUAUGAAAAAAGCCCUAGGAGUUGAGCAAAACGUAGAGGAAGUGAUAUUACAUGUAAAAAAGAAAAAAACACAUAAUCCUAAUCCACUAUCUUGCAAAAAGAAGAAAAAGAAAGUGGAUGUAAAACAGCAAUCUAAAAGAAAAGAUGGGAUCAAUGAAGGAAAAGUAAGGAAAAGAAAAAAGAAGAAGGCUUCAAAAAAUCUCUUAGAACAGUUGAAAAACACAGUUCAAUAAAAUAUAUGAAUAAUCUGUAUUUACAAAUUUGAUGAUUUCAUGACUUAAGAUGUACCUAUACAAAAUUAGUAUCA